UUUGAUGAGGGGUUAGGUUUCAGAUGGGUACGUGAUAAAAACACAAUCCUUCCAUUCUCAGACAAACCGAAUUGUUUACUCUGAAUAUUCUGAAACCAAUUUCUUCUAAAAUGAAUUCGAGAAGCCCAAUGGAAAUCGGACAGGAUAUGAGCGAGCUCCUGAGAUGGAGCAAGCAGGACAGAGCGCCUUUCAAAAACACAGAGCAGACUGACAGAGGCUCCAACGACUUCAGCAGCGUUUACAGCAAAGAUCUCCUUCCUGUAGAGAAUGGCAAAGAGGUGACCAAACACUUCCUGCAGGAGCUGCUGAACAUCCUGCUAGCGUACAUUAACAAGUCAAUGAACCGCAGCUCCAAAGUGUUGGACUUUCACCAUCCACACCAGUUGAAGGAAGGAGUGGAUGGUUUCAGCCUGGAGCUGCCAGAACAACCAGACAACCUCGAGCAGCUGCUGGUCGACUGCAGGAACACACUGAAAUAUGGAGUUAAAACAGGUCAUCCACGAUUCUUCAACCAGCUCUCAAGUGGACUGGACAUCAUUGGACUGGCAGGAGAAUGGCUCACAUCAACUGCAAACACAAACAUCUUCACCUUUGAGGUUGCUCCAGUGUUUAUUCUGAUGGAGGAAGUCAUUCUGAAGAAAAUGCGGUCCAUCAUCGGCUGGUCUGAACAGGGAGACGGAAUCUUCUGCCCAGGUGGUACGAUAUCAAAUCUCUACAGCAUCCUGCUGGCCAGGUAUCACUACUUCCCAAAAGUGAAGACUGAAGGCAUGCAUGCGCUACCUCGCCUCGCCCUCUUUACCUCCGCACACAGCCAUUAUUCGAUCAAGAAGUCUGCGGCGGUUCUCGGGAUCGGCAGUGACAACGUCAUCGCCGUGAAGUGUGAUGAAAGGGGCAAAAUGAUUCCGACAGAACUGGAAUCCAGCAUCAUCGCAGCAAAGGCCAAGGGUCUGGUACCGUUCUACGUCAACGCCACGGCAGGAACUACAGUUUACGGCGCCUUCGAUCCUGUCACGGACAUCGCCAACAUCUGUGAAAAAUGUGGCCUGUGGAUGCAUGUUGAUGCGGCUUGGGGAGGCGGAUUACUGCUGUCCAAGAAGCACAAGAUCAAACUGCAGGGCAUUGAGAAGGCUUCUUCCGUCACCUGGAAUCCCCACAAGAUGAUGGGCGCCCCGUUGCAAUGUUCCGCCAUCCUGGUGCGACAGAAGGGUCUGUUGGAGGCGUGCAAUAAGCAAUGUGCCGAGUAUCUCUUCCAAACCGACAAGCAUUAUGACAUGUCUUACGACACCGGAGACAAGACCAUCCAGUGUGGGAGGCACGUUGACGUCUUUAAGCUCUGGCUCAUGUGGAAGGCUAAGGGAUCAGAAGGUUUUGAAUCGCAGAUCAACCACUGCCUGGAGAAUGCUGAGUAUCUUUACUACAAGCUGAAGAGCAGAAAAGAUUUUCAGCUGGUCUUCCAAAGCAAACCUGAACACAGUAAUGUGUGCUUCUGGUACCUGCCGAGCCGAGUGAGGAACAUGUCCCCGGGUCCUGACAGAGACAGAGAACUUCAUACGAUCGCGCCAAAGAUCAAAGCCAAGCUGAUGGAGAAGGGCGCGGCCAUGAUCGGCUACCAGCCUCUCGGAGACAAGCCCAACUUCUUCCGCUGCAUCUUCUCCAAUCCGGCCACGCAGAAACAGGAUGUGGACUUCCUGCUGGAUGAAAUCGCAUGCCACGGAGCCAAGCUUUAAGCAUGAACGAGUCAGAAGCUCGCUGCAAAAAUUAUGGACUUAGAAGUGAUUAAUAUUACUCUUGGAUGUAUUAUAUGAUUAAUAUAAUUAAGAUAAUUAAGACAUUUUCAUCUAUAGUGUGGUGAACAAGACUUAACCUAAUUUGCAAGGUUUGUGUCGUUUUACAUUGCUCGUGUCUGGGAAUGUUAGUAUAUUCAGUCUGAGAUAGUGUAAUAUAAUCGGCUCUUUCAUGCACUUGGAAGAAAGAAACACUAAAGUGGACAGCAAACGUUCAGAUAAACAAAACCCUCAGCAAGGUCGAGCACAAAAGUUUCAGCAGUUUACAGUGUUUUAUUGCUUUCCUUUUCUACAAGACAUAGCUGUCAAUAUAGUUUUCUAAGUUUACUUUAGGCUCAUUUUUACAGGAAAAAAAAAAUAUUUUUCCGCAAACGCAUUGACUUUCAAUGGACAGCGUUUGGAUCUUCACGGCCAAACAACAUGGCGACUUCGCAAGAUAUAUACAGUAUGCAAAAGUUUGGGCACCCCUGGUCAAAAUUGCUGUUACUGUGAACAGUUAAGCAAGUUGAAGAUGAAAUGAUCUCCAAAAGGCAUGAAGUUAAAGACGACUCAUUCCCUUUAUAUUUUAAGCAAAAACAAUUUUUUAUUUUCAUCUUUUACAUUUUCAAAAUGACAAAAAAAAGGAAAAGGGCCUGAAGCAAAAGUCUGUGCACCCUGCAUGGUUAGUACCUAGUAACACCCCCUUUGGCAAGUAUCACAGCUUGUAAACACUUUUUGUAGCCAGCUAAUAAUCUUUCAGUUCUUACCUGGGGCAUUUUCACACAUUCGUCCUUGCAAAAGGCUUCCAGUUCUACAAGUUUCUUGGGCUGUCUUGCAUGCGCUGCUCUUUUGAGAUCUAUCCACAGAUUUUCAAUGCUGUUUAGGUCAGGAGACUGUGAGGGCCAGGGCAAAACCUUCAGCUUGGGCCUCUUGAGGUAUUCCAUUGUAGAUUUUGUGGUGUGUUUUGGAUCAUCGUCUUAUUGUAGGACCCGUCCUCUUUUUAACUUCAACUUUUUUACAGAUGGCGUGAUGUUUACUUCCAGAGUUUGCUGGUAUUUAUUCAAAUCCAUGCUUCCCUCAACCAAUGAAAUGUGCCCUGUGCCACAACCCAACCCCAAAGCAUGAUUGAUCCACACCCAUGCUUCAGAGUCGGAGAGGUGUUCUUUUCCUGGAAUUUGGCACCCUUUUUUUUUCUCCAAACAUACCUUUACACAUUGUGGCCAAAAGGUUCUAUUUUGAUUUCAUCAGUCCACAGGACUUGUUUCCAAAAUGCAUCAGGCUUAUUUAGAUGUUCAUUUGCAAACUUCAGACGCUGAAUUUUGUGGCUCGGACGCAGGAAAGGUUUUCUUCUGAUGACUCUCCCAUGAAGGCCAUAUUUGUUCAGGUGUCGCUGCAUAGUAGAACAGUGCACCACCACUCCAGGGUCUGCUAAAUCUUUCUGAAGGUCUUUUGCAGUCAAACAGGGGUUUUUAUUUGCCUUUCUAGCAAUCCAACGAGCAGUUCUUUCAGAAAGUUUUCUUCAUCUUCCAGACCUCACCUUGAUCUCCACUGUUUCUGUUAACUGCCAUUUCUUAAUAACAUUACGAUCUGAGGAAGCAGCUACCUGAAAACACUUUGCUACGUUCUUGUAGCCUUCUCCUGCUUUGUGAGCGUCAAUUAUUUUAUUAUUCAGAAUGCGAGGGAGUUGCUUAGAGGAGCCCACGGCUGUUGAUUUUAGGGACAAGUUUGAGGAGUCAGAGAAUUUAUACAGCUUUGAAACCUGCAUCAUCUGACCUUUCCUAAUGAAGAAUUUGAACAAGCCACAGCUCAAUAAGCUAAUUAAGGCCUGGAAGCUUGGGAAAAGUUACCUGAGAACUCAAAUCUAUUGGGGUGCCCAAACUUUCGCAUGGUGUUCCUUUUCUUUUUUCAAUCUCCAAUUGUACAAAACAAAAAUAAUACACAAAUCCUGCAUAAAACGCUGAAAAUAAAUGUGUCGUCUUUACCUUUA